AUGGCAGGCGACACUUCUCCUCCAACGACAGAAGGCUUUUUGCAGUAUCAUGAGCCGAACAUUAUUCAAAUUCUCGUCCUCGUGUCGUUCUUCUUUUGGCUUUCCUUUGGCGAGUGGCUUUCCAACCGUGUAUUCCGCGCCGGUCUCAUAGGGCAGAUCAUAGUCGGUCUGAUCUAUGGACUUCCCAUCGGUGGUGAGAUCAUACCAAUCGCGUGGCAGGAGGCCUUCAUUGCUCUCGGAUAUAUUGGUCUUGUUCUCAUUAUCUUUGAGGGCGCACUGGCCGUGCGGCUGGAUCUGCUCAAAGCGAACUUUGGGCUGUCUGCUAUCGCUGCGACAAUAGGGGUCGUUGCUCCAAUCGGACUUACAUAUGCUCUGUUGUAUGUCGGUUUCGGCUACGGCGCAAUCGAAACUUUUAUCGUGGGCGCUGCGCUCUCAGUCACUUCUCUUGGAACAACAUUCGUGGUGCUGGGAAAAAGUUCCAAGGAGAUCAGCUUUGCGGAUACCCGAGUUGGUACUGUUCUAGUCAGUGCAGCUGUAUUCGAUGAUGUAUCUGGAUUGGUCAUGGCCAGCGUAAUCGGUCAACUAGGAGCCCUAGGAGGUGAGGAUUCUCCCAAUCUAGGCUGGCUUAUCGGACGCCCUACACUAGUAUCCGGCCUUCUGGCCAUACUCACUCCAAUCCUCAACAAAUGGGUGAUAGCACCUCUAUACCGAAAAUUCGUCGAGCCGCAUCUUCCAAAGACACGCAAGCGUCAUGUCGUUAACGUGAUCGUCAUGAUCUUUGUUCUGUGUGCUUUUGUUAGCAUUACUGGCUUUGGCGGGACCUCAGUUCUCUACGGAUCCUUCAUGGCUGGAGCAUUCCUCACAUACCUCCCAUCCAAGCACCCAACUGGCCCUUUCCAUCCACCUUCCCGCGAAGAGGCAGAAGAGGCAGAAGCUCGCUCUAUCGCCGAGGCCACCGAAUACGACGAUGCAGGCGAACCCGCAAUUUGCCCUACAUUCAUGCACACAUUCGAGAAGUACUUCCUCGACGUGGUGAAGUACCUUUUACAACCUCUCUUCUUCGCCUCCAUCGGGUUUGCCAUCCCGUUUCUCGAUCUUUGGGCCGCGGAGGCAUUCUGGAAAGGCUUUGUCUACACCCUGCUUAUGUUGAUCUCCAAAGUCGUUGUCGGCCUUGUCAUACCUUUCGCUACUAUCCUGCGCAGACCACCUGGCAUGUCGAUCCGGGAAUGUUUCACAUCCACCUUCUGGCCAGCCAUGCUCCUUGGUUCUGCAAUGGUAGCGCGCGGCGAAAUCGGCCUACUUGUUGUGCAGAUCGGCCUCAAUAACACGCCCUACCUGUCGAAGGAAGCCUUCAUCACCGCCGUAUGGGCCAUUGUGCUCAACACGAUCUUUGGACCUGUCACCGUGGGCUUGAUCAUCAAGUACAAAGCAAGGGCGAUUGCGGAUGGUGUAUGGGGCCUAGAGAAGACGGAUCAAGGCGGGGAUGGAUGGGAUGACGGAAUCUCUAGGGCGAACACCAUCAUUCCUGAUACGAUGAGUGUAAAGGAGAGGAGUAAGAGCGUUGCGGUGUCGCAACAUAGUAGGAUGGUGUCUGAUCCAGUAACGAUAGCCAUCUCGCCUUGA